CAUUUUUUCACUAUUAAUUUAUUCUAAAAAGAAAACUGACAAGACUAGUCAAAUGAAUUAUUCAUGGACCUGGUUACAAAAAGAGUGUUUGCUAAAUAUUUUGGAGACCUGGUAGCUCACAUUCAGCAGAACAAACAGCCCAACAAAUUGCAGUUGAUCAACUGGUUUGUAGCAAGCAGCUGAUUUCAAAUUUGUGAAGACAGAAACUCUCUGGUAGACAACAACAAUAAAAAAUGAAACCACCCAGACAAAUCUGGUAUUUAAGGAAGAGAGAACUUCACUUCUAGAGAAUGGUACAUUUGUUUUCCAAGCCAUGAAAGUGCUUUAAAAGAUGCAAGGGAGCCUUUAUUCCAGAAAUGGAAAAGACAGAAGCAAACCAGAGUUCCCAGGAUAGAUGUGAAGAGGGCAUCUUGAAGAGGUCCCCAUUUCAGCUGAUUAUGAACCAAAUCCAAAGGAAGAAAUCCUCUGUGGAAAAGGGAAAACAUCAGUGCUCAUCAGGCACUAGAUUCUUCAGGGGCUUACACACUGAGAAAUCUGACGGCGAAAGCAAAAAAGAAAGUGAAGGAGCAGAAAUCAGUAACUCUAGACCAGAUAAUCAGAAUGAGGAGCAAGCUCCCCAUGUAGCAGACAAACCUCCACAUCUCAUUUCCAAAACAAACACAACAUCUGGUAUGUGGAACGUUAAGCAGUUCAUGCAGAAAUUGGGUAAGAAGCCCAACAGCAAGAAUAUGGACCUAAAUAAUUGUGCAUUAGAUGCAACAGAUUUAUUGGAGCUGGUUGCUGUGUUACCUUUUCUACCAGAGCUGGAGGAGCUCAAUCUUUCCUGGAAUGAUUUUGUGGGAGGGGUUCUGAAACCCCUUGUUCUUCGGCUCCAUCAUGUGAGCAAGUUAAAAAUCCUCCAACUAAAAAAUUGCAAGUUGACAGCUGAGGAUGUUACUUCUUUAGGAGAGGCACUUGAAACCAUUCCUCACCUUGAAGAACUGGAUUUAUCCUGGAAUAAUAACAUAGGUGGAAAACUAUCCCUCUUGACCAAAAGAUUCCAGACAGGCUGCAAGAUCAAAAUCCUAAAAUUUACAGAUUGCAAUCUAACAGCGAAAGAUGGAGAAUCUCUAGCUCGGGUUCUAAAUGUCAUCCAUGACCUCGAAGUAUUAGAUAUUUCUAUUAACAGAAACAUUGGCUGCAGUAUGAAGAGUAUUGCUCAGGAAUUGAAAAAUGUGCCAGUUUUGAAAGAAUUAAAUUUGCACAUGUGUGGAUUAAAGCAAGAUGGCCUCCAGUGUUUAGACAGGGCUUUCCAGUACUUACCAGAGCUAAACAAAUUAGACCUAUCGUGCAAUAAAGAAAUUGGUGGAGGGUUCAAGGACUCAGCAGCUCAUUUGGCCAGUUUUAAAGACCUAGAAGUCCUGGAUCUCCACCAGUGCUGUGUAACAGAAGAGGACAUGAUGGUUCUCACACAGGUGAUACCUUUACUCUCGAGUCUUCAGGAGCUGAAUUUAUCAUCCAAUAAAAAUAUUGGAGUGUCUUCCAACUACCUUUUUAGCAGGCUUAGAUUUUUACCAAAGUUGAAAUCUGUGAUCGUCAGCAGUUGCUCUUUAGGGGAAGAUUCUUUUGCAUCACUAGCUGAGACUGCCCUUCACCUCCCUGAACUGGAGAUAUUAGACCUUUCUUGGAAUAAAUGCGUUGGUGGGAACCUAAAGCUGCUUUUGGAAGCACUAAAGCUGGCAACGGAGAUUCGAACGUUGAGACUGAGCAGCUGUAACUUGGUGGCUGAGGAUCUGACUCUUUUAGCAUUAGAGGUCCAAGCUGGUCAUCUAGCCAAAUUACAGAAGCUAGACCUGAGUUAUAAUGACAGUGUUUCUGAUGAAGGAUGGGCCACUUUCUUUCAAGGCAUAACUGCACUCAAAGAACUUUCAGAGUUGGAUGUCAGUCUUCGGCCAUCAUCUUGCCGUGACUGUGGAAUGUGGUUCAGCAAGUUGUUAACAGAUUUGUCAAAGCUGCCUGCAUUCACAGAGAUGGGGAUGCAAAGGUGGGCCCUUCCGGAAUCACACCAGAGACAACUGGAAAGCUUUAAUCAGGAUGCCAAAAGGAACGUUCACUUUGACUAUUGAUGCAGGGUCUGGGUUUCUGAAAAGACCUUUCCAAGUAGCACAUGCAUUAUGUAUUGUGUGAUUCUGACUCAGAAAAUAGCCUAUUUUUUACUAGUAAAUCUGUUUCCAUCAUGUCUCUUGAAAUAGUCCCCAACUACACAACGUUAUUUGAUGUGUGAAAUACACAGAUAACUCCAUUUGAUCACAUAAACUCUAAAUGUCUGAGUAUGUAAGGAAGGUCUAUCUUUCUUAUAUACAUAUCUGUUUUUAAUAAGCUACAUUUUAAAUGUGAGCCUCUUCUGCCUCAUUUGUGGUAAUGCCCCUUAAGCAUAUUUGCUGAUAGAAAGGUUGGAGCACAUUGGAACACUUAUUCAAAAUUCAGGACUGCACACAAUUCUGGCCCCUGUAUGCUAUGCCAAUUACAUAUUGGUGGUUUUACAAGGACCACAGCAGUUUGAAGGACAAUUCCCAUGGCAAUGCUGGGCUGCAGAGCAAGCCAUAGGCAUUCUGGGUACGACUGCAACAAAUCACAGGAUCCCUUGGAGCUCUUCUUGCUUAUGUGAGGGUCUGCCCCUGCAACAAUCUUUAUUGCCCUCUACCUAGACUACUCUGUGUUGCCUCUCUCAGUAGGUACAGCCAUGGAGUCUAGCCAUUAGCAUUAAGGGUCUGAUCCACUGCUCCUUGAAAGCAAUGGGAGUCUGUGAUGCAGUGUGCUCCUCACACCAGCCCUGAGAGAGUUGAAUUAGGACAGGUGGGCCCAAUCCAUCAAUUAAGCUCCAAAUGGGGGAGGUUUAGGUUGCUUGGAGGGCACUAAUUAGGAAGAAGCUCAACUGUGAGGAAAGAGGCAGGGCCUCUAUAAAGCCAGGAAGCUAGCAACAGAGAUGAGUUUGCAGAUCUUCUCCCUUUCCCCAGGGAGAAGCAGCAUGGUAGGAAGGGGUCUAGGGAUGAGAACAAUAAGGUGGAUGUAAACACAGACCUUAAUGGCUUGUUACAGGAUCCUGAAUUGGAACCUAGAGUAGUGUGUGGGCUUGGGUUUCCCUACCAUCUACUGCAGAGUGGUACUGCUAGGAGCAGUGAAUGGGAAGACUGCCUGAGUUACUGUGGGACAAGACAGCAGGUUUGAGGCCUGCCUGAUGCUGCUGGUGGAAGGGGAAACCACAGUGUGAUCUGGCUGGAGGGCUGAGUCACAAAGCAGCUGUAUUGGAAGUCUGUAGAGUGGAAGGAGAGUGGCAUGUGGGAAGAGAAGAAAGGGAUUGCCGAACCAGCUGGAGCUAACUGCAAGCAGGAAGUGCCAUCCAGUGGUGAGUAGAGCACCCCCUGUGAUAGAGUCCUCCUAGUGACUCCUCUGAGCAGGGGUGCUAGAAUUGGGACCAUGGCUGGAGGGUGAGUGAUGGGUGGAGAGGAAUGGGGUUUCUGGGGAAGGGUGGUGGUGAGGGGUUUUGGGGAAGGAUGCUAGUGGGCCCCCACUUUUAGGGAGCUUCUGCUGCUCCUGCCUCUGGAUCCUGGCUCAGGCCCAUAGGGCAUGUGUUACAUGUUUGAUAUGCAGCACAAGCCUCCCAUCACAUUCUCACAAUGUCCCUGUGAAGUAGGUACUGUUAGUAUUAUUAUUCUUUCUGCUUUGCAGAUGAAGAAAAUCAGCACAAAAAAAUUGAGUGCUUUACUCUAGACCAUACAGCAAGACAGGGCAGAAUAAUCAGGAAGAGAGUUUAGGAUUUCCUGGUCCUCAGUCUUGAACUCAGCCCAUCUGACCCAUUAAACUAAAGAGCUGACUAGAAUGUUCAGUAACCCUUCUGCUGUUCUGUUUGACAGGGCCAGAUUCACCCACCCUUGCUCAUGUUAAUUGCUGCCUUUAAAAGGGCCAGAUCCUGCAACAUGUACUCACAUUGAGUAGCGUCUUAAUCCACGAGAUGCCCCAUUGACUUCAAUGGGAUUAUUUGUAAAGUAAGGUACAUUUGCUAAGUGGUAGUAUCAGAAGCUGCCCCUUAAGUGAGGAGUCCUAUUGAAAUCAUGGGACAGAUUGAGUAAUAAAGUACUGCUCAAUUAGUCCUGAGCCUUCAAGCAGAAAGCUUUUCCCAGUGGCAAAGACACAUUAGGCUCAUUCUCAGCCCAAGUCACUUUACUCAGGAAGGAGCCUCUGCCGGAAACCCCUUCUGUGCAGGAGUUUAGUAUUUUGAAGAUUCUUUUGGUAGCUUUCAGCACCGGCUAUACUGCAGGCAUUAAUUUCUGUAGUAGAAAAUCCUCUCUUCUGGCUGGUCAGUAUAUGUAACCGCCAAAUAGACUGCUGCUUUAUUUACCUUUCCCAUACUGAAUUACUACAUUGUUUACUCUAUGAUUUCAUUUGGGCAUCUCUGAACUUCUUUUUACUAGUAACAGCUUGAUUGUAAAAAUGCACUUUACUAUCUGUAGGAGGCAAAACAGAGAUCAAAUUGUAUGUUUGGUCAGACGUGGCAUAAAAAAGUUGUUUUCAGAAAAGAAAUUCUAUAAAGGUAAGCAUGGAACUCUGAUAAUGCAAAC